AUGAUAGUCUGUUGGAUUAGAACAUCCAUAGAUCCGAAGAUUCGUUCUACUGUGACGUUUGUUCCAGAAGCUCAUAAAUUAUGGGAUAAUCUUCAACGCUGUUUUUCCGUUAAGAACGGAGUUCGUAUUCAUCUACUUCAUGACGAAAUCAAUACAUGCCAACAGGAUGGUCAUACAGUGAUCGAAUACUUUGGCCGCCUCGCGAAACUCUGGGAAGAACUAGACAAUCUCAAAAUUCCUCGGUUGUGUUCGUGUGAAGCGGCAUCGGAAAUAGAGAAAGAAAGAGAAGAAAUACGCAUCAUUGAUGAGGAUCCUCUACCAGAUUUAAACAAUGUCUACUCCAGAGUAAUCCGAGAAGAGCAACAUAAUAACUCUGCACGGUCUAAGGAUGUGAAAACAGAGGCAAUUGGUUUUCAUGCCCACACCGAUACACCUCCGGUUGACUCUCUUCAAUCUACAGCCGUGACAAAUCGCUUCCGUGAUCCUAACAUAACCUGGGGUUCUUCCUCUGGUUCGUCUCAGCAUGGUCGAGGAGGAAGGUAUUCAAACAACGGCAACCGUGGCCGUGGGCGCUCCAAUUCAGCUAGAGCAGUUUCAAACAAUACAACUUCAACCAAUUCAGCAAAUCAACUAAGUGAUCCAAUCGGUCAGAUAACUCAGCUUCUACAACUACUUCAAAACUCAAAGUCAACCAUAUCAACGGAGAAACUAUCUGGUAAACCAACACUCAAAGAUGUCAUUAUUGACACUGGAGUCUCUCAUCAUAUGACCGGAGAUAUCUCAUUACUUAAGGAUGUGGUUGAUAUUUUGCCUUCCUCGGCCAAGUUUCCAAAUGGCCGUGGCUCGCAAGCAAGCAAAAAGGGCACGCUAGACCAUUUUACGAAGACCCUGAUUGGAACGGGUGAAGAACGUGAGGGGGUCUAUUACUUUACCGGGGUCACAGCAGCACGAGCACGUCUACCGGUCUCAUUCUGGGGAGAGAGCAUCCUUACUGCAUCUCACCUUAUCAAUCGCACACCUUCUCAAGUCUUGAAAGCGAAAACACCUUACGAAGUCUUAUUUGGCAAGAAACCAGACUUUGAUAAGCUACGUGUCUUCGGGUGUCUAUGCUACUCUCAUCGUAAGGCUAGGGAUAAGGAUAAGUUUGGUGAUCGUAGUCGCAAUAGAGACGGUGUCUUCUCUGAACAAAAAUUCCCUGGUGUUGACUCUGAAGAAUAUGUCUCUCCACCGCUUAAUACGUAUGAUCUUAGUAUUGAUGAUUGGUUGCUACCACCUGUCGACUUAAGGGGGAGCACCACAACUAUUCCGGUUGAGGAGCCUGCUGCUUUUACUGAUCAGUCACCUCCUCUGGAUCAAUCUUCUACUACACAACCAACGGCGACAUUGUCUCCAACGACGACGACUGUGCCUACAGCAGAGCCAUCAUCUCCUUCGAAUGAGGUUGUUCCAUCCUCACCGUCUCAUGUAUCUCUUGUGAACUCGGAUAUUGAACCCUCUGGAUCUCCUGGUAUUCCAGAAAUUCUUGGUCGUGGUCAGCGACAUAGGACACCUUCUGUUCUAUUGAAAGAUUAUGUUACUCACUCUGCUUCUUCGACCCCCCCUCACGUUCUACCACCUUCGGAUCAAGGGUCUUCACUAACGGUCUCAGAUACACAUAAAGCUAUCAUGGCUGUUAUCAUCAAUGAUGACGUUCCGAAGAGUUUUAAAGAAGCUGUUAAACACAAAGAGUGGAACGAGGCCAUGUUUAAAGAGGUGGAUGCUUUUGAAGUGACUGAUACUUGGGAUGUCACUAAUCUCCCACUGGGCAAGAAGCCUCUAUGCAACAUGUGGAUCUAA